AUGCUUGAGGGAGAGAUAAGUUUGCAAAAAAAUGCCAAAAGGGCGAUGCACACCUUGAACAACCAUUUAUCCUAUUAUUUGGGAAAAUUAAAAAGUCCAUAUAGCGUGGAUGGAAACAUUGAGGUGGGACACGUGCAGAGGAGCAAUCAUACUAUUCACACAACCAUGAGGAUCAUGGAAGAGUAUAAAAAUAGGCUCUUUUUUUACUACAUCAUAAGGGAUAAUUUGCCCAGGUACGAUCCUGACUCUUUUAUAGAUGUGCAUAGGAAAGCGUUUACCUUAUUCAUAAAUGAGUUAGUUACUAUGGAGGAGCGUCACUUAAAUAGAUAUGAACUGGAGUCAGGAACACUCAUGGUGGAAGCCCACGGAUGA